AUGAGAAACCACACCUUUUUGACAGAAUUCAUUCUGCUGGGACUGACAGACAUCCCAGAGAUUCAAUUUGUAAUCUUUAUACUUCUCUUCCUCACCUAUGUAUUCAGCAUCUUAGGUAACCUGACAAUCAUCACCCUUACACUACUGGACUCCCAUCUCCAGACUCCCAUGUAUUUCUUCCUCCGGAACUUCUCCUUCCUAGAAAUUUUCUUUACAACCACUUUUACUCCUAGGCUACUGUUCAGCAUCUCAACCGGGAACAAGAGCAUCAGCUUUGCUGGCUGCUUCAUUCAGUAUUUCUUUGCCAUAUUCCUUGGGGUCACAGAGUUUUACCUUCUGGCUGCCAUGUCCUAUGACCGCUAUGUGGCCAUCUGCAAACCCCUGCAUUACACGACCAUCAUGAGCAACAGAGUCUGCAUCCAGUUGGUUCUCUGCUCCUGGCUGGGGGGAUUCCUCAUCAUUGUAUCCCCAAUCGUCCUAACCAGUCAACUGGAUUUCUGUGCCUCCAACAUGCUGAAUCAUUAUUUUUGUGACUAUGGACCCCUCAUAGAAAUAUCCUGCUCAGACACACGACUCCUGGAGCUGGCUGACUUUAUCUUAGCAGUUGUGACCUUGGUGGUCACCCUGGUGAUGGUGAUUCUCUCCUACGCAAACAUCAUCUGGACCGUUCUGAAGAUCCCCUCUGCUCAGCAAAGGAAGAAGGCCUUUUCCACAUGUUCCUCCCACAUGAUUGUCAUCUCCCUCUCUUACGGCAGCUGCAUCUUCAUGUACAUAAAACCCUCAGCAAAAGAAGGAGUUGCCUUCAAUAAGUAGCUGUGCUCAACACCUCAACUGCCCCUUUACCCAACCCUUUCAUUUACACCCUAAGGAAUAAACAAGUAAAACAAGCCUUCAAAGAUGUGUCCAGAAAGAUUGUGAGUCUUUAAUGAAUGUAAAGACCUCAAACUCAAAAGAAAAUCUGAAGAGUAAUAAUAUUCUUGAAUUCCUCCCCAUGAAAACAAAGGCAGAACUCCUUUAACCCUCUCCUUAG